AGAAAAUCUAAAGAUGAAAAUCUUACAAACAUUUUAUGGCAUUUGCCCUAAAUCCCAAAUCUCAAAUCCCAAAUCCGAUCCGAAUCCGAUAGGACUUCGAAGAGGUGAGUAGGGUAAACCAACAUCGAUUCUGCAUACUCCCGGGGCAAUCAGACAACACCAUCAGGUCCAGCACCUCUCCCUACCCAGGAUUCAAGGGCGGCCGCCUCUCGCAAAUCGGAGCUGCUCAAAUCGGAAGUCGACGACCCUCCAUGGAUGAUGAUGAGGCUGCGGCACAUCGACCCUCUCCGAUUGCCGAGCAGCAGGAGGAGGAGGAGCCCUUCAGCGACGCUCCGUCUCCGGUGCGCGCCGUGCUCAACCGCCCGUGGCCGUCCCCUGUCCUGAUCCCGUCUCCGUCCGGCAAGGUACGCACCCUGGUGGCCACCUCCGACACCAUCGGGCCCCCGAUCACGCCGGAGGAGCUAGAUGCGCUGGAGGACAAGGAGGGCGACGAUAUGUGCACCCUGCACUACAAGGCGGCCGGACGGGCUGGCGCAACCAUGCGGAAUUAUGUCCAUCAGCACGGCAGCCUCUACCUGGAUGAGAAUGGUGGAUUCAUGAUCGACCACUCCCCUCUAAUGGAGGAAAUACGGUGCAAGAAUGUUCCGGUGGAGGAGAUGGAACAAAGGGUAUUUAACUUCGAGGUGACCAAGGAGCAAACUUAUUUGUCAGAGUUGGCUUUAGCGAGCUACAACAAGAGGAGAAAGGUUAAGUUUGAGUUAUGCAAGAUGUUACUCUCUAGAUCUUUCUGGGAGGAUAGAGGGCAUUUUGUGCAUCUUAAUUUUAUUGCGAAGCGCAAGGACAAGAAGAAACUAUUUUUUGCCGAGAUAGAGGACUGUGGUAAACGAGAUGGCGAAAUCUAUGUUGUGCGCUGUUGUGUUUCCCUGGAAUCAGCCUGUGAAGGUGGUUACUAUAAUAUGGUUGUCCCUACUCCACCUCAAUCUAGGAAAGGGCUUGACUUCAGCAAGUGCUACGCCUGCACUCAGUCCUUGAAGCACCCACCAAGUGAUGGUUUGGGUUACUUAGGUGGCCAUGACCAUCAGAAAAAAACAUAUUUGUUCGAGCGCGUCAACUAGCUAGCUGCAUGUAUGUGCUACAAUGUUAUAGGUUAUAGAAAUCGGCAAGGUUGAACUUGGUAUUGAAGGCUAUUUGAGCUCUGUAGUGGUUGAUUAUAAUUUGGGCGCCCUGACAACUGGAGGAAGAUAUAUAUAUUUAUGCAGCAAUGUGUCCAUGGAACUUCUAGGCCGCAGAAGUUUCUCUGUGCAUGUACUUCCUCCGUCUCAUGAAACUCUGGCAUGUGCUGGAGUGGCGGGCCAUUUGAUGAACUGAUGUGGCUUGAACCAUGACCAGAUUCUGUAACCAAUGGGUAAAUGCUAUAGCGAUUUGGCCAUCUCGCCAAGUAUUGGAGUA